ACGUGCUCAGUGACAGUCGUACAAGCAUGCACGCAGCUCAGCGCCGACCAGCUUCAGUAGCAGACAUGUAAAAAGAUGGAUUAGAAAAUAAUGUGCCUCGCCUAUCAUCACCAUCAUCACCACUACCAUGUUCCCGGGAGUUUUCUAUGCACUGCUGGCGGGUUUCCUCGGGGCCGUGGCGUCGUCCUCGGCCAAACUGUCGCUGGGAGCCGACUACCUGAAGGGUGUCUGUGAAACCGGACUCCGGACAUGGGGAGAACAGCGGAAAUUCAGACAGGCGGACGAAACUACCGCCUGUGACCGGCUUCAUAUCCCUCUGAGGCUGCUGUGUGGCGGCCUGCUUUUCACCUGCAACGCUGUGAUGUGGACCUUCCUUGCCAAAGCACUCAGGUAUUCCUCGUCCUCCACCCGAACCACUGUGACCACCACUGCCUCCAACUUCAUAUCUUCCGCUUUCCUGGGCCAGCUGAUCUUUGGGGAAGCCCAGAUAACAUUGUGGUGGGUUGGGAUCUCUCUGACCUUCUCUGGUUUGUUGGUACUGCAGAGGGUUUCGCCGCAGGAUGGACAACAGAACACGGUUGCCAAAAAAGAUGAAUAAUGUGACCUGUCUCUACUAGCUGGCUGUGGCUUGUGGUCUGUUUUGGCAGACAUCUUCUCUGACUUCAUUUGAGCCAAAGAGCAGUAAAAUCUGAAACAGCAGUUGAAUUUAAAGUGUUUUCUUCUUUAAUCUGGGCACACCUGGAAAAUUCAUUCUAAGUUAUUAUUCCACUUGUUAAAGAGCAAGUGGAAAUAGUUGUUUUUUUUCCAGUCAUAUAACAAAAUUCAGUUUCACCUGUUUAGCCUAAAGUGAAAAUAUUAAUCAACAUACUUAAAAAAGGAUUGCUUUAUUGAAAUCAAUAUCUGUUUUACAGGUUGCUGUUUGUAGCCCUGCAGGAUGUAAAACCCUGCUGGUUCAGCUGUGGUGCAGCCUUGUUUAGCCCUUUCCUAAAAUCAGAGGAGAUUUUGGCUUUCAGACAGUCCAACCAGAGCACAUCCAAAGUCUGGCUAGUAGAGACAAAAUAAUGGAUGGCUAAGUCUGAAAUCAUCAAUGUCCACAUGCUUUACAAACAAGCAAACAUUAUACUAGCUUUACGUUACUUUUUGGAAAGUCAACAAAAGCACAACAGCUUCUGAGCUAAUGGAAAAGAUAAAAAGGAAGAUAAAUAAAAAGGUUGUUUGUUUUGGGAAAUGCAUCUGUUUGAUUUCUUUUUGAGAGUUACAUGAAAAGAUUGAUACCACUAACAUGUCUUUAGAGACAUACUUUAUGAAGCCUCAUCUGGCAUAAUUUAGCCUGACUGGAAAUCAAAGGGUAGCUGGCCUGGCUCAGUGUCGAGAUAAACAAAUCUCCUUUUAAACACAUUUUAUUUAAAUAAUUAAUGCAUUAUGUCAUGUUUGUGUAAUAUAUUCAUAAACAGAACUGCAAAAAUGACAUUUAUUGUCUUUGUAGGUCAGUAUGUGUGAAACUACUUUCUAACUAAGCGUAGUGACUUCCUUCCUGUUAAAGGGAGUCAUUAAAACCAAGGUGUUGAUUUUACUCUUUAGUUUUUGACACAGAACACAAGCUGGGAGUUACUAGAUUAUUAGGGGAAAAGUGAUUGGAGACCACAAAUGACCAAAAUUAUUGUAACUGUGUGCUAUAAACCUGCGAUCUUGUUGCCUUUGAAACAGUUGCUUCAAAGACGGAACUGAGUCUGUGAUCAUUUGCAGUUGCUGUCUUCAGGCAAUAAGAGCAACUCUGCUGUCAGUUUGUGAUUGAAUGGGUCCAAAUUGGCAACUACAUGCGAUCUGCUGUGGUAAUCCAAUGAUUAAAUAAAUCAUUGGUGAAAAAUUGCAAAUCUGUUGCCAUCUGCAUAUACAGAAAAAUCACAUUAACUACUUGCACUCAGAGUCCAACCAGAAUCUCGUAGAUUUGAAAGAGAAGUUCCUCCACAAUUAGUAAUGUAGUUACCAUAGGACAGCAGUAUAACUGUAAAAUGACGUAGGUGCUUAUCAACUUUGCUUUUCUAAGGAAUAUAAGACAUAUUAGACAGAGCAUCCUUCGUCCUCCACCAUUAACUGUAUAGACAUGAGAGUAAUCAAUCUUUUCAUCUGGCUGUCUGCAGGAAAGAAAUAGAUACAUUACUGUAAAUGGAAAUCUUUAUAGGAAAACUCAAAUAAUACAGAAGGAUAAUUUGAGAAUUUCUGCACAUAUUUGAUUUCCGUGUGCCAUCAUUAGCAAUGGACAAAUAACAUCUUCUGCUCUGUGCAUUAGGUAUUGUAUUCCAAAAAGCUCUCUUAAUUCUCCCAUUUCCUUAAGUUACUAAGACACUCACCACAACAUCCAGCACCAACAUUGCAUUUUAUGCAUGCUCAAGGCAAUGUUUUAUAAGUGAAGUCCUUAGCUAAUGAAGUGUGCUUAUAUUUUCACAAGUAAUAAUGCUUCUGAUGUAGCACUCAAAGGCUUAUCCCCCCGAGAGGAAUUCUCUCUCUGCCUGAAUUUAUUUAUUUUUAUCUGCCUUUCUUGACAGCUUGAACCUUAACCUCGAGAUAUGAGCAUGACAUAUAUUUUGAUUCAGAGGCAGCUGAUUUUCGAUUUCAUAAUAGAUGUGUGCAUAUUACCAAGAGGGCCUGAACUCAGAUAAAUCACACCAAAGCAUCCUCCUGCAUCUACAAUCCACUCAGAAUCAGAGUGACGUCCCCUCUGUGAACCGCUUCAUUAAACUUGUGACUUAAGUGUCCCCUGCUAUCUCUCCAGUGCCAGGCCUUGCGAUUGCCAGUUUAGCUUCUUUGACCUGAAUUUAAAUUCUCAUAUUAGUCUGUCGCACAUCUUGAAUAAUAAUUCAUUAUUUCUUUGGGCUUCAUAGACAUCUCUGUUCGCUAACAGCUUCCAUCAACAUCUCUGGAUGAGUCGGUGAGAGUGCAAUAACGUAUUUUCUCAUACACUGUGACGUGUGUUACGGAGGGAGCUGUGAACAUUAAUAAAUGAAGAGAGAAAAUGUCAAUAUAUGCUACCAGAGGGACGUUCUCUUAGUAUAAUCAGCUACAGGGAUUUGCCUGAACAAGACAUCAAAGGCUGCUUUAAUGAACAGAUCACAUUUUGCUGUUGUUUGGAUACAUAUCAUAAUAUAAAUGCAUAAUGGUAGCUAUGGUACCUGUCUGUAGUAUCUCACAGCAGUAACGCACAAAUAUAUCAAAUGUCCUUCCAAGUGCUGCUGUGAAGGUUUUGUACCAUGUGAUUUGCAUCCCGGUUAAUGUGACUGCAGUAAAAAUGUGACUAUAAUAUUAUCUUCUCAUAUUCAAGGCACGGGAUGUACAUGAAACAUCAUCAGGUGUUUAUGCCUCAAUGUUUUGCUUUAAUUUAAAAGUAACAGUAAGAUAUUUUAACAGGAGCCUGAUGAGACCAUUAUACCACUCUAUAAAAGAGCUUUAAGUGGUCAGCAAGACUAGAAGAGCACCUAUAUGCUAAGUUAAGCUAAUCAGCAACUGUUAGUUAGCUUAGCUCACCAAAAAUAUUUUAAAUGGACUGUAAAUACCAAUACAUUUGAAAUUACAAGCUAAGCUGUUGGUUAGCCUAAGACUAAAAAGACUAAAAAGAAGAUUGCUAGUAAAUAACAAUUCGAUUUAUAUCCUAUGCUAAGCUAAUCAAGUAGCUAACCUAGUUAGUUAGCUUAGCAUGAUUUAAAAAUUGUUACAUAAAUCCAUAUGCCAAACCAUUUACAACCUAAGUUAAACUAACCAGUUUGCAGCUGGCAUAAAGACUACAAACGGUUGCAAGCUAAUUUAGAUAACAUCAAUUCUUAAAAAUGUCAAACUCAUUCAUUGUCUGACUAGUAUCAGUGUUCAGAGACUUUGCUUCUAGACCCCGUAUCAUAAUGACUUUACAUUUUUACACCUGGAGAGUCUAAAUGUUAACAAAGUAAUAUGUCAGUGAGCUUUAGAGGGGUCUUUUAGACAGAGCCUCCUCCCAUUUGCAAUCUUAAUGCUAGGCCUAUCUAUGGGGUUCUUGGCUGUGGUAAUGAUCUCAUCUGGCUCACAGCAAGAAAUUAAAUGCUGAUGUAUUUCUUUAAUCUGCCUUUAAUAUCUGCCUGGCUUUUCUCCAGUUAACGGCAUGAUAUGGGAAACCAUGUUCCUGUGAAGCCACUCUCACUGUAAGAUAAGCAUCCAGAGAUUCUGCAGUAGCAAAAAUUAUAGCUUUGUGAGAGCAGCAUGGUAUUGAAGUGGCAUGCAUUUCUAUCCGUGGGUGUCCAAAGUGAUUAGAAAAUCACUAUAGUAGGGCUUUGACCUGACAAGCUGCAUGUCACAAUGACAAGUUAAUAUGCUGCACUGCAAGAAAACUAAAAUGGUCUUAAACAGUCUUUAACUUGGUAGCUCCGUAAUGCAACUAUAUGAUGCAGCUGUUGAACCCAAAUGAUAAUAGAAUAGGUCAUUUUCUGGUGAUUUCACUACAGGCAAGAUGCUGCAUUCUGCAUGCUCUAUCCAGGCAGCUCUUUGAUUUAAAACAGAAUAUUUCAAAUAGUGACAAAACAUGACUCUUCUACUGUGUGCUGGAAAUUGUAGAGUUCAUGUUUGAAAACAGGAUAAGGGGAGCUCACUGAAGACCUGAAGGAAAACAGACUGAUUUUGUGUCUGUUGUACUCCGGCUCCUGCUAUAAGCAGCUCAGUCAUUGCUUUAAUCUGAAAGCUGCUACACCAAAAUAUUUCUUCUCAUGUUCAUCUUUUUAAUAUGCAUUGAGACAGUUUGAUUAGAUUGCUCUGAUAUGAAUCAUUAUUAAAAUGCAUUACAGAUUAUGUGGAACAAACAUUUGUAAAAGUGUAAAUAUAUUGUUAAUAUAGAAAAAUGUGUAAAGUAAGACCUCCAUUGAGAGAAGGACCACCCAACCUAUUAAACAUCUCAUCUAACAAACGGGUUGUUGACUCAUUACUGUGUUGUAGUAAGAUGCUCUUAGUAAAUCUGAAGCUCUGCUGUUUCCGGUUAAUU